AUGAGCUCCCAGAGAGGGAACAUGGCCUGUUCCAGGCCUCAGAGACAUCAAAAUACGUUUAGCUUCAAAAAUGACAAGUUUGAUAAGAGUGUUCAGACCAAGAAAAUUAAUACAAAACUUCUUGAUGGAGUAUGUCAGCGCUGCAAAGAAGUUCUUAAAUGGCGUGUAAAAUACAGCAAAUACAAACCAUUGUCAAAGCCUAAAACUGUGUUAAAUGUUUACAAACGACAGUGA